AUACUCAAGUGUAAUAGUAAAUUCAUAUAAAUAUUUGGCUGUUUUACACACAGGCGCUAAAUCACAUUUUAUUUUUGGUUCAGCUUUAAUGAAACAUUUAGCCCAAAAGGGUCAUGAGGUAUAUGUGAUCUCACCGUUUCCACAGAUAAAACCUAUAAAAAAUUAUCAUGAUGUUUUUUUGCAGUCUAUGGAAAAAGUAAUGAAUGAAUAUACCAGCACUUUAUUUUAUACUAACGAGAAAUCGAUAUGGGAAAAUGUCAUGAGCUAUUUCGAUAUGGGUCUCAAUCUAACAGAAACCACUUUAAAAGAACCCAAUAUGCAACAACUAAUGACCAGUAAUCAUACGUUUGAUGCUGUUAUAUAUGAUAUUUUUCUAUCCGAAGCUUUAUUUGGUUUAAGUGAACACUUUAAGGCACCACUUAUAGGACUAAGCACUUUAGGUGCUAUCUCAGAGAAUAAUGAUAUGGUGGGCUCUCCCUCUCCUAUUUCUUAUGUACCCAAUAUUAUGUUAAAAUUUACCGAUCAUAUGACUCUUACCGAACGUGUGCAAAAUUUAGCUUUUGCCACAUUUGAGCGUUUAUUUAUGGAUUUUCAUUAUUUACCCAAACAGGCGGCUUUGUAUGAGAAAUAUUUUCCUAAUUUGAAAAGAGACAUGUAUACAGUGCGUAAAAAUGCUGCUGCUGUUUUGCUUAAUACUCAUGUGUCGCUGGGUUAUGCCAGACCCUAUGUACCCAAUCAAAUUGAGGUGGGCGGCAUGCAUAUUAAUCGCCAGCGUAAACCUUUACCUGCCGAUAUAGAGAAAUUUAUCGCUGAAGCUAAACAUGGUGUAGUCUACUUUUCUAUGGGUUCUAAUUUGAAGAGUAAGGAUUUACCUGCAGCCAAGAAACAGGAGCUAUUGACAGCCUUUAAAAGUCUUAAACAAAGAGUCUUAUGGAAAUUUGAAUAUCCUAAAAUGGAAGGCAAACCCCAUAAUGUUUUCAUUAGUGAUUGGUUUCCACAGGACGAUAUAUUGGCCCAUGAAAAUGUUAAGGUUUUCAUUACACAUGGUGGUCUUUUAAGUACUACCGAAAGUAUUUACCAUGGUACUCCUUUUAUAGGUAUACCUAUAUUUGGUGAUCAAUUUCUGAACAUGGCUAGGGCAGAGGCAAAUGGUUAUGGCAUACGUUUAGAUUAUCAGACUUUAAAUGCAAAGGAUCUCAUAGCAGCUGUGGAACGUGUAAUAAAUGAUACAAGUUAUAAACAACGCAUUCAACAAAUGUCUGCCACAUAUAGAGAUCAACAUAUGUUGCCUUUGGAUUUAGCUGUUUAUUGGGUGGAACAUAUAGUCCGUCAUAAGGGUGCAACGUAUUUACAUUGUGCUGGUUUAGAUUUAAGUUUUAUUGAAUAUCAUAACAUUGAUGCCAUGUUAAUAUUAUAUGGAGGUAUUCUAUUUACUAUUUUUGCUAUUGUGUACUUGAUUAAGACGAUAUAUAGGAAAUUCGGAUGCCAUCAGAUAAGAUCAAAUAAAAUGCAGUUCCUUAUAAAACCAUUAUGCUUGAGUUUACUUUGUAUUUUACCUUAUAUAGAAAGUGCUAAUAUUUUGGCAGUUUUUCCAUUUCCUGGUCCUUCACAGUAUAUUUUAGUGCAGCCGUAUUUAAAGUCUUUAAUAGCCAAAGGUCAUAGCCUAACGGUGAUCAAUGCAUUUCCACAAAAACAACCAAUUGCUAAUUUUCGAGACGUAAUUGUCAGCGAAGUGCACGAUAAUUAUGCGGAUCUCAUUCAAGGUGCCCAAUAUGAACGCAACAAAUGGGAUGAAAUGACAUUUUUAUGUGAUUUUUUCUCAAAUGUCACUGAGACGGUUUUGAAAAGUGAUCGUGUACAAAAUUUGCUGAAAACUGAAAAAUUCGAUUUAGUUAUAUUAGAAGCUCUACACACCGACGCUUGGUAUACGUUUGGUCGACAUUUCAAAGCACCCAUGAUUGGCCUAUCCUCGUUCGGUACAGAUCCUAUAAUAGAUGAACUAAUGGGAAAUAUGUCACCUUUAUCAUAUGUACCCUUAGUAACGGCUGGCCUAACGGAACGCAUGACCUAUGGAGAACGUUUAAAAAAUUCUCUCUACUCAUUAAUGGAACAAUUACACGUUCGAGUGGUACAUUUGCCACGUCAUAGAGAUCUUAUUAAGAAAUAUAUGCCUCAUAUGAAAGAUGAUAUCUGGGAUUUAAGAACAAAUUUCUCUUUAAUGCUGUUAAACCAACAUUUUAGCUUAAGUUUUCCACGUCCUUAUGUGCCCAGUAUGAUAGAAGUGGGAGGUUUUCAAAUACACUAUAAACCCCAGCCAUUGCCCAAGGAAAUGUUGGAUUUUAUUAAUUCCUCCGCCGAAGAUGUUAUUUAUUUUUCCAUGGGUUCUAAUGUAAAAUCAAAAGAUUUUCCUCCCGAACGUUUGCAAAUGAUUAAUGAAGUUUUUGCCUCUUUACCCUAUAAAAUUAUGUGGAAAUUUGAAAAUCCCAUUUUGCCUGGUAAACCUGAAAAUGUCUUCAUAAGUCCCUGGUUUCCACAACCGGAUAUUUUAGCACAUCCUCGUGUUAAACUUUUCAUUUCCCAUGGUGGUCUGCUGAGUACCACCGAGGCCAUAUAUCAUGGUAAACCCAUGUUGGGUUUACCCGUCUUCUACGAUCAAGCCAUGAACAUAAGAAAAGCCAUACAAUCUGGUUUUGCUUUAGGCUUAAAUUUUGAAACCCUACCUAGAGAUGAAUUUAAAUCGAGUAUUUUGGAAAUGAUGCAUAAUACAAAAUAUAUUGAUAAUAUUAAAACUAUAUCGCGUAUCUAUCACGAUCAACCUAUGAAACCUUUAGAUGUGGCCAUCUAUUGGACGGAAUAUGUUUUAAGACAUAAGGGAGCUCUUCAUCUACAAAAUCCGGCGCAAAAAAUGAGUUUUAUACAAAAACACAGCAUUGAUACAGUGGGCGUAAUGAUAGCAUUUGCUAUAUUGCUAGUUAUUUUAGUUCUAAUUGUUAUAGUGAAAAUUGUUCAAAUAGUUUUAGUGAAAAAUUCUCCAAAUAAAGAGAAAGUUAAUUAAAUGUGUGUAGGUGAAAAAAAAAACAAAUGAUAGAAUUUAAAAAAACGUUUAUUUUUAUAAAAAUAAAUAGUAUUUUUUCCACAUCAUCAAAUUAUCACUUAUAUAGAUAAGGUUUGACUAAGUUAUUUAUCACUUCACCCGUUAUUAUUAGUUUAUUUUUAACAUUUCUCUCAAACACUUAAUGUAUAAAAAUCUUAAAGUUAUAAUAAAAUAAUGAAUAUAUUUAUACAAAUGCUUAAAUUUUUAUGACCAAAGACAAAUAGGGUUAUGCUGAUAUUAUCAUUCCUUCUGUAACAAAUCGUUGUAUCUUUAUUACAGUAUAAGUUAAGCCAACUUGUCUUUAAAAUCUAUGUCUAUGCUAUAGUCAUAAGCAGGGAAACCAAAAUAUGCAAAUGCAUGUUUUUUGUGGUGCGUCGUAUGGACUCAUGGAUAAGAUAUUUAUACGUUUCAGACCAAUUUAAGAAUUUUGGCAUCGAUUUGUUAGAGCAUA